GCCGCCGAGGAAAUUCUUGUAGUACUAGCCAUGGUCAACCCUACCGUGUUCUUCGACAUUGCCGUCGACGGCGAGCCCUUAGGCCGCAUCUCCUUCGAGCUGUUUGCAGACAAGGUUCCAAAGACAGCAGAAAAUUUUCGUGCUCUGAGCACUGGAGAGAAAGGAUUUGGUUAUAAGGGUUCCUGCUUUCACAGAAUUAUUCCAGGGUUUAUGUGUCAGGGUGGUGACUUCACACGCCAUAAUGGCACUGGUGGCAAGUCCAUCUGCACUGCCAAGACUGAGUGGUUGGAUGGCAAGCAUGUGGUCUUUGGCAAAGUGAAAGAAGGCAUGAAUAUUGUGGAGGCCAUGGAGCGCUUUGGGUCCAGGAAUGGCAAGACCAGCAAGAAGAUCACCAUUGCUGACUGUGGACAACUCGAAUAA